AUGUCCACCAACAGGCCUUUCCUGGCCAACUUCCUCGCGGCUUUCCGCGCCCAGUCCACCUACAAGGCAUCCACAGCGGGCACGCAGUCCGCAACGGGGCCUUCUGCGCAACUGGCCCAGAACGCCCGAGCGAUAGCCACCAAGGCCGCCAGCUCCGGCGCUUCGUCCCCGGAGCCCGCCUCCACGACAACUCAUCACUACCAUCACCAUCACCAUCACCACCCAUCCGCCUCGACCUCCUCCUCGUCCGCUCACUCUCGACCAAACUCCCACCCCCGCCAACCGCUCAAUCAGACCUCCGCCGCCGACUCCCCCGCCACUCCGUCCUCCCCACCCACAACCCCGGCCUCUUCCUCCACCCCCAUCCCUAUCGCCAGCGGCCACAACCGCCAACGCCGCGGCAGCGAUAGCUCCAACGGCUCCGGCGGGUUCCGGGAUGCCUUGGGGCCGGAGAAGUGGUAUAUCGGAGGGAGGACGCCCGGCGGGGACGAGCGGUUCUAUCGAUUAGGCAUGGUGACCAAAGGGGGUGGUCGGUUGGGUGGCAGCACGCGAGUCGGGAGUAUUGACCAGCUGAGUUUGUGA